AUCACGCACACAGACAGCCCAGGCAAAGAUAUCAACAGAUAUGCAUGUGUCUAUAAAUGAUACACCCAGCAAUUAUUUAGUGAUCUUUCUCCUUAUGUGCACACUAAGCACACGUGCACACAUCGUGCCUUCCUAUAUGAACGAUCUAAACGCUGCAACUUGCAGACCAGACCUGAGCUUUCCAGGUAAACAGUUGUAGCGACACUGGGACAGUAAGGUGCUAUUAGCUUGUCAUUUUAAUUGUAAUAUAACAUGAACCAAAGGAAAAGAGGAGGCGACAUUCACGCAGUCUAUAAAUAACUAGUGGCAUGUAAGCGGUUUCAUUUUGCUGAGCUUCAAUGAAUGAAAUGCCACUUGUGCUGCUGCUUCUUCCUUGGUGUGUAAUGUGCAUGCACGCGAUGAUAUUAAACUAUGUCAUGGCGAACGAUUCCAAAACAAUAAAAAAGAAAGAAAGGAGGGCGAAUUAGAUAAAAAGCUAUUUCCAACUUUGUCCUUCCCCUAGCAUAGCAAUGAAAAUGAGAGGGAGGGAGAGACACUGCGGAUGAGAGAAGGAGAUCAUGGCAGUUUUAAUAGAAGUGAGAGACCAUAACGUUGAUUUAAAUAUUAUCCAGGUGACCACAGUAAGUCAAGGUCAUAAAAUUCUAAUGUCAGGUUCGCCCUGGAAAGCGUUGGGGGUGGAUUUUAUGAUCUGCAAAUAUAAUGUGCUGCAGCAGUAAAGAUGCGUUUAAAGGUGUGUGUGGAGGAGGGCUAAUCCACACAGCAGAGACUGCAGUGUGCAGGACCCAGCCGAGAGGCGCUGGGCUGGCAGGAGCAGGCGCCUCCACCCCGGGGAUAGUGGAGCUUCAUGGGCGCAGGAGAUAAGGAGGAUGGUGGAUAAAAGGACAGCGACGGCUCCAGUGACAAUAAUAACAAGCGUCACGGCAAACACGUGGAUAACAAAGCGCAUCUGGAAGGCGUCUACCGAAGGCAAGUGAAGUGAGAUCUUCGGGACAGUCACCGCCUCUACCAGCCGCUGCCUGCGUUUAUUCCCCCACCGGAGGCAAUAAAACCACUGGGACAGCAAAUGGAAGAAGAAAGCCUGCUAGAAAAGACUUUUCCCGGCAGACACCCUGUCUCCAUAAGCUGCUUAUCGCCGGAAUGUGAACACAGCCAGCAGCACAGAGGAGAUGUGCGUUGUGUUGAUAUAUCCCACUCGCCAUCGUGACCCUUCAGCUGCUUUGUUGGACCACAGUGACGCUCGAAAUUGUGGAGAGCCUGCUGGGGGCAUUUCAACGAGCCAACGUGAGUGAGACUGCGGAUUUAAUAAUGCUGUUCAUUGAUUGUUCCUGCGCUUUUAUUUGGGCCAUUACAAAGCUCAGAAACAUGUGCACCAGGUAACAGAUAAGGGCUUUUUCAAGCUGUAAAACUGCAGUCAGAAGAAGAGGGAAUUAGCACCACUCAAGAUCACAAGGACUGGUGGCUGAUUUCUAUUUACACGUGUCAUGAAUUGCUAUCCUGCAUUUAGGACAGAUGUUCACUUAGUCAAGAGUGUGUACAGCAGACUCUCUUGUUUGCAGCAACUUCACAGUGACACAAUACUGGUCCUGCAGUUAAAUCAGCAGCUCAUUACACCCUCUGCUCUGUGACAUAAUAGUGAUGUAGUUUCACUGCUGGCUGGUUUGUGAGCUCCUGGUGAAUGCUUCUCUGCAGGGUUGUGUGCCCCUGAUCUGUGACAUCAUAUUAGUGAUAUUAUGUAAGUUUGAUCAGUUGGAUGUUUGACGCCUGCUUAGCCCACAUUUGUGUUGCAGUUUUGUUGUGUCUAUGACAUUUUCGUCUGUGGCAUGUCAGGGUUUAUAUUCAAAUUUGGAUUUAUGCAAUGUUUUGUUUUCUAUGGUGCCUUAUGGAAGCAAAGGUUAGAGAUUAAAAGAGUUUAGCUUUGUCUUUCUGUAGGAUAGAAUAGAAGCACCAUGGAUGCACUCUUAAAAUCUUUUAUGUUGUAAAGCAUUUUGCAGCUUUUGUUCCAACAGAUUUUGGCUACUGUGACUUUAAAGCAGCAACCUCAGAUACAGAAUCCUUCUGUAAUUCAGUCCCAGUCUUAAUGCUAUAUACUGGGAUAUUCAUAACUGAGCCAUUUGUAUCUUUUAAAUCUUUUUUGUUAUAUUUUGUAAUUUUGUAAUAUACUGUAUUAUUUAAUUUAGUUUAGUUAGUUACUGUUCUUACUGUCUUGGAGCUACUGUGGCCACAUAAUUUCCGCAGGGAUUAAUAAAGCAUUCUGAUUCUGAUUAUUCUUACCAAUUUUCAUUUAAAAGCUGAAAAAAUCCAUACAAGUGUGUAGUUUUAAAGAAAUUAAUAUGGAUUCGAAAUAGAUAGACCAAAAUUUCUCAUUGUUGAAGAACCUGCCACUGAGGCAGAUUGUUUCUCUCUGUCCACUUCUGUCCAGCACCACAAAUGAUCAGUCUUCAUCUCCUCAAAAGCUGGAGACCAUUCACCUCUCCACCUCUCCACUGACCUACCUAUGUUACUGCUGAAAUGUUUUAUAGGAGAGAAAGAAAGAAAGAAAGAAAGAAAGAAAGAAAGAAAGAAAGAAAGAAAGAAAGAAAGAAAGAAAGAAAGAAAGAAAGAAAGAAAGAAUUUAUGUGACACAACCCUGGGCUGUGUCACAGCUGAAGCUUUGUUGUCAGAGACAGUCUUUAUUAAUCAGGUGUUAUAACUAACACAAUGACUGGUUUGUUGUUGCACCUCAUCCUUGUCCCUUUGAAUAAUUGAGACCACUGUAUUUGCCUGUUAUAUUUUUUCCUUGGUCAGCAACUAGCUACUAGUUUUGUCCCCAAGAUCAAUUGCCUUGGUAACGCAGCCAGAGAGAGAGAGAGAGAGAGAGAAAGAGAGAAAGAGAGAGAGAGCGAGAGAGAAAGAUUUGUGCCCACAAUGGCGACUGUAGGUAUGCUAAAUACCUCUGGUUCCUUAUCCGGGAACUACCUCUUACCCUGCUAUUGGGCCAUUGGGUCACGUGGUAAAAGUAACUUUACAGGGCUGCUCGCAAGUAGGAGGGCUUUAUGGAGCAGAAAAACGACAAAGCUAGAAAAAUUAUUUUCCACUCCAGAAAUUAAUGAUCAUGAGCUCGUAUUUGAUGGAGUCUAACUACAUUGAUCCGAAAUUUCCUCCAUGCGAGGAAUAUUCGCAAAAUAACUACAUCCCCGAGCAUAGUCCAGAAUAUUACAGCCGCGCAAGGGACACUGGCUACCAGCAUCACCAUCAGGAGUUAUAUCCUCCGCGGGCGAGCUACCAAGAGCGCCAGUUUAACUGUGCAAGCAUCCCUGAACCUGACACGCCAAGGGGACAUGGAAUACCCCAUUCUGCGCAUCUACUGACAGGGAAAGGGCAACCUGCUUCAUGUGAAACCCCACAGUUGUCCAUGUCCCCCGCCACCCCACCGGCCGCAACCUCCGCCUGCAACCAAGCUACCCCGGAGCAUCCAAACAGCACAGCCUCCUCCAAACAGCCUGUGGUGUACCCAUGGAUGAAGAAAAUUCACGUCAGCACUGUGAACUCUGGUUACAAUGGGACGGAGCCCAAGCGGUCUAGGACAGCAUACACCCGGCAGCAAGUCUUAGAAUUGGAGAAGGAAUUCCACUAUAACCGAUAUUUAACUCGGCGGAGGCGCAUCGAGAUCGCACACACCCUGGUUCUCUCCGAGCGGCAGAUUAAAAUCUGGUUUCAAAACCGCAGGAUGAAAUGGAAAAAGGAUCACAGGCUCCCGAACACCAAAGUGAGAUCCUCCUCCUCUUCCUCCGGGUCCAACACAAGCUCAGCAGCCGGCGCUGUUGCCGCUGCCUCGGCCACUAACACCGGGGCCCCCGACGAACUUACCGGAGCUCAGCAUGGCGAGGAUAUUACCAGGUUAUAAAACCACGAACCAUUACUGGGGGUAGAAUAAGAACUGGUUAUUUAUAGAACACUUAUAUAUUUUGUUUUCGUAGCUAUCUUGUGCGGUUUCCUUUAAGUCCAAAGUUAUAUAAAAUGCAUGUUAUAUAGCAUGGAUUACUGCGAAUACCGAUGAAUUAUUUUUACGUGACACAGGGUUUAAUUUAUUUGAAGUUCAAUUAAAAUGAUGUUUUUUAUUAAAAAAUGUUUUGAAUGAAGGAUGAAAAAGUAGAAAAAAAUAUACAUUUUAUCAAAAUGUUAUUGUGGGCCAUUCUUUUGCCCUGCUGCCCAAGGUGAAAUGCACAAUCUAUUUAUUUCAAACAACACUGGAAGGAAAUCACUAUAAUAAUAGUUAUUUUUGGUAUAUAAAAAAGAAAGCUGGAACACACCAUUGAUCUUGAACUUGUAUGUUUAGGAGAAUAACAAUGUGUGAAUUACCUCGUGUAUUUCAGAAACAGGAUUUUUCUUUUUCUUUUUCAAUUUUUUGCAAUUUAGUUUUGUAGUGUUGAUGUUGUGUUUUAGACCGUUCAAAGCAGAUUAUUGUGAAAUGCAAUAAACGGAGUUUAGUGUACUUGUGCUAAUCAUAUUGGUCAAUAAAACAGUGAGUGUCUACUAGUUUUAAAUACGUUUGUUCCAAGUUCAUUUUAGGUAAGGUGAGGUCUACUGUUGCAAAUUGGAGGAGAUCCUUAAAAGUGUACAGAUGUGUGAAUACUGGACAUUUCACGAGGGAAACAAAAAUCACUGUGUUUUUAAACUGUGUUUGUCAAUCCUGCAGCUCCCUUUUUUGCGUGUUUAUAUUUGCAAUGUGUACAGACACUGUGUGUGUGUGUGUGUGUGUGUGUGUGUGUGUGUGUGUGUGUGUGUGUGAGUGUGUGUGUGCGUGUUAAAGCUUCACUCAUAAUGGAUUGAAGUUAUUUCUGAAAUAUGAAAAUGAAAUAGUUUGCGCUGUGCAGUAUACGUGCAACCUCAUCAGUCUGAAGGGCAUUCAAUUAGACAAGCCACUGAGGCCCUCCAGUCCACACUGCACUGCCUCUGCCAGUGCUACAAAAGAAGCUACUCGCUUCCUUCGUCCUGACUUGAACACAAAGAUGCAUGCGUUUAAUUUAGAGUACAUUUGCAAUGUGUUAGAGAUUUUAGAUUGUUGUGAAAUUAUUCAUUUUGUAACAAUAGUGGUUGCCCUGCUUUUCUAUAGUCCUCUGCGCCAUGCGACUGGGUUUUCAAAUGUGAAAUGAAUAAAAAAAAUAAAGUCGUGAU